AGGUGUACCUUCCCCUUGCCUUCUGCUGUAUAUUUGGAGUCUAGACUGAGAUUCCAUGUCCCCAACUCCGGUUGGUGAGGAUGGAGGAAAGGGGGCUUUACCAAGAACUCAGUGUAAAAGCUGUGACUGGGGUCAGUUUGGAGGAGCUACCUGAGCCGUGAGGUUCAGAGGACCAUGGAGAAGAGACCAUAAAAGUGAGCUAUUGGGAUGUCUGUGUGAUAAAGGUCUUGACUCGAGACCACCUACGAAGCUCCCUCUCCUUUUAACCCCGUCUAAUGCAAUAAUCAUAAUUGUUAGAGGACUUGGGAGGUGUAGGAUUCUCAACAGAUGGGAAAACAUCAAGAAUUAGAAAUGACUCGUGACAGAGGCCUAGUCAUGACCACACCUCAGUAGUCCUGAACUCUUGCCCCUUACACUUUGACCCCAAAAACUUUUGAACCACAUGGCUUGAGGGACAAUCUGCAUGGUCUUCCGUCCAGCGUAUGUUUCUAUGUAUCUGUCCCUGUUGUUUCUCAGAGUCUUCUCACCAACCUCUCCAUCCUUCCCUCACAGUAAGGUUUGGUGGUUCACACCCCCUUCCCCACUAGCACUCCCAGCACAUAAAAGUAAUUGGCUUGUUGCUUUGGAAAGAUUUCUGAUCCCUACCCCUGGCCUUGCAUCCUUAUGGAACCCAAAUAAGGGCAAGAUAACCCUGAAUUCCCAGUAGGGGUGGAAAGUAGGUCAGUGCUACUGUCUGGCUAAGUCUCAUGGAUGGUGUUGAGGGCCUGACUAUUAAAAAAACUUGAUCAUUGCCCAUGGGCAGUACAUUUAUGACCUGGGUUCCAAGACAGUUAAUAGAAUCUUGAGCCCUGUUAAUGCUUUCUCCUAUUGAGAAAAACUCAUAAGAUCAGGUGCCUAGGACCUGGUGUGGUGUGGAGGUGAUUCAGAAUCUGUUGACUUGGACUAGGAGGGUCUCUCAGUGGGUUCUGUUGAUUUGAGGCCACCAUCUGGGGAAACUUACCCAGCUUGAGAAUACAGCUCUAAUUUGGGUCUUCUUGUGGAUCACUGCAUUUCCAUCCUAGAAAUUGCUGUGUGCACAGCAGGUUUUUUUGUUUUGUUUUGGGGGAAGGAGCUUUGCCCUAUUCCUUCUUUACUUGCCUCAGAUACAAGGUCAACCUCUCAUUAGUUAUUUUGCUUGCUAUUCUACAGGCAGUUUCAGGGGCCCUAGAAUCUUCUCAGAAUCAGAGUAUGUGCCCAUAGGUUAGUCAGCUAUGACCAUGCAGUAUUCCCAGCCUUCUCCCUCCUCCCCCACCAUCUGCUUCCUCUGAAUAUACCAGAUUGGCUGUACACCAGGAUGUUCCGGGAAUCCCCAGGAGAGCAACAGAAUGUGAUGGACCCAAAUACGAUGCCUCAGUCACUCAUUCUGGGAUGUACAAACUGUAACUGUCAGGACACUCCUUAUAGCUAAUUAAAAUUCUUCUAGUUACAUCUAUUUUCUAUUACAUCUGUCUAUUUUCAGUGUCAUCCAAAAGGCAAAAAUAAUCCCCCUGGUACCACUGUUCUCUCCUUCCCCUCCCCCAUGGCUCCCAGAUAGGAAUUAAAAAAAAAAAUCCUCUAGCUUUUCUCAGCUGUAACUAUGGUGCUAAAAUGGCAAACGUAGCCCCUCUAGCACUUCAUAGCCCUAUCUAGAGUACUGAGGUAGCCACAGUAGCUCCUCUGGUAGCCCACUGCACUCUCCAUGGUACUGAAGAGAUGACCAUUUGUUUUAACUUCUCUCUGGGGUCCAGAAGAGUCCUGUGACUCAGAACUACAAAACUUUCAAGCUGGAAGGGACCAUCAAUAUAAAUUAGUCCAUCCCCCUUACUUAACAGAUGAGUAAACUGGGAGGUUAAGUGAUUUACUGAAGAUUGCAGGGCUAUUAAUGGUCAGACUGGGCCCACAAUAGCCUUGUUACCACUCAGUCCUACUCUAAUUCACCUUUCAUGAUAUACUACUUAGUGAGCCUGGCUAGCUCUUGGUCCCAGGAAAAGGAUUUAUUUGGAGAAUCCAGAAGACGAGAGCGGAUGCUCUUAAUUUGGUGCUAAAAAAAUACAAAUAUUUGGUGGUGGAGGUUGUUUAGUGACCCUUGGACAAGAACACUUUGUUAAUUAACUUCCUGUUAAUAAAAUUCCCAUAACCCAGAUUCCACAUGUAACAGGUACCUGCCUGUUAUGGUGUCUUAUCACACUCACUAAAUACCAAAAAUUAAAGAAGCCUCAGACCUCCAGAGCCUCUUCUCUUUGCUGAUAAGUAAAUUGGGCUGACUCCUGGCCCAGUUCUCUUCCACUAAAGAUCCUUAAGCAAAGUAAUGCUUGAGUCCUUUUCUUUGUCAGUAACCCAUUUCAGUUUCACAAUGUCUAUUGUAAGGAAGUUCUUUAUUUUAUAUCUCAAAUAUUCUUUCUAUCUCAGACCAAAAAAAAAAAAAAAAAAAAAAAGGUUAGGCCCACAUUUGUCUAGCCUUGACUAGAAAAAAUUCUACAUGUAAGCAGGAAGGUAUACUGACCAAUUUCUGGUCAUUGUCCCAGGCCUAUUUCCAUGAAUCUUAAUUCUGGGAUUGCUUCUAAGUCCUAAUGCUAACCUCCUCUGCAGCUUAGAAUCAGGAGACUGCCCCCCCACCCCCACCCCAUCCUCUUCUCAGUGCUCUUCUCCUUCCUUAGAACUGGAGCUCUGCACAUCCCAGGCCCAGGGAAUUUUAGCCUGGAGAAUUUUAACCCUUUCUUGCUCAGAGCAUGUGCUGAGCCCCUAUCUGUGCAGAUGGCCCAGCCCCGCCCCCCGUCCCUCACUCCAGCCUCUUGAGCUCAGAGCCAGUGUAAUCCUCCUCUUGUGUGAGGGAGCCUCUCCCCUGCAGAGAGGAGGAAAGCCUGCUUCGGAACAGCCCUGGACAAAGGGGCUGAGAUGCCCCAUCAAACUGCAGGCUCCAAGCUCUUCAGCACCUGUUGCCUUCACUAGCAGCUUUUCCUCCUCCUCUGCACUCCCCAGAACCAAAGAAUGUGAAGGGGGUCCAUGGAGGGCUCACGUCCCCGUGCCCCGGGUGGCCAUUUAGCGCCGUCACCGCCGGCCUUCGACGGCGAACUGGAUCUGCAGCGCUACUCUAACGGGCCAGGAGUGAGCGUGGGGUCUUCAGUAAUGGGAGCGGUGGGCUGGUCUGAGAGUCGCGCUGGCGAAAGACGCUUUCCCUGCCCUGUAUGCGGGAAGCGCUUCCGUUUCAACUCCAUCCUGGCUUUGCACCUGAGGGCACAUCCAGGUGCCCAGGCCUUCCAGUGCCCGCACUGCGGCCACCGGGCAGCGCAGCGGGCCCUAUUGCGCUCGCACCUGCGCACACACCAGCCUGAGCGCCCGCGCAGCCCUGCCGCGCGCCUGUUGCUGGAGUUGGAGGAGCGUGCGCUAUUGCGCGAGGCCCGGUUGGGGAGACCCCGAAGCUCAGGGGGCGUGCAGGUCACCCCUGCCACUGAGGGCCUGGCACGGCCCCAAGCUCCUUCGUCGUCCGCCUUCCGUUGUCCCUUCUGCAAAGGCAAGUUUCGCACCGCGGCGGAGCGCGAACGCCACUUGCACAUCCUACACAGGCCCUGGAAGUGCGGCCUGUGUAGUUUCGGUUCCAGCCAGGAGGAGGAGCUGCUGCACCACAGCCUGACGGCCCACGGAGCUCCUGAGCGCCCCCUGGCGGCCACUUCGGCCGCGCCCCAGCCUCAGCCCCCACCACAGCCUGAAUCCAGAUCAGUCCCCAAGCCGGAGCCAGAGCCGGAGCUGGAACCUGACCCGGAGCCUGAACGUGCGGCAACCCCUGCCCCUGCGCCCGCCGCCCCUGAGGAGCCCCCUGCGCCUCCAGAGUUCCGUUGUCAAGUGUGUGGUCAGAGCUUUACGCAGUCUUGGUUUCUCAAGGGCCACAUGCGCAAGCACAAGGCCUCCUUCGAUCAUGCGUGCCCUGUGUGUGGCCGAUGUUUCAAGGAGCCCUGGUUCCUUAAGAACCAUAUGAAAGUGCACGCCAGCAAGCUGGGCCCACUGCGUGCCCCGGGGCCUGGUUCCGGGCCUGCCCGAGCCCCCCAGCCUCCUGACCUGGGUCUGCUGGCCUAUGAGCCGCUGGGCCCUGCGCUUCUCUUGGCCCCAGCGCCCACACCAGCUGAGCGCCGUGAGCCUGCGAGCCUCCUAGGCUACCUGAGCCUGCGAGCUGGCGAAGCCCGGCCCAAUGGCGAGGGCGCUGAGCCUGGGGCUGGCCGCAGCUUCGGAGGCUUCCGCCCCCUGCCUUCUGCUCUCCCAGCCCGGGCUCGGCGGCACCGUGCCGAGGAGCCUGAAGAGGAAGAGGAGGUGGUGGAGGCCGAGGAGGAGACCUGGGCCCGGAACAGGGCACUGGGCCCUCUGGCGUCACUGCACCCGCGCCCAGGGGAGGGGCCCGGGCACUCUGCACAGGCUGUGGGGGCCACGGCAAGACCUACUGCCACACAGGAAGAGAAUGGGCUGUUAAUUGGAGGGACCCGGCCUGAAGGGGGCCGAGGGGCCACUGGCAAGGAUUGUCCCUUCUGCGGAAAAUCUUUCCGCUCAGCGCAUCACCUCAAAGUGCACCUGCGAGUGCACACAGGCGAGCGGCCCUACAAGUGUCCGCACUGCGACUAUGCAGGCACCCAAUCCGGCUCGCUCAAGUAUCACCUGCAGCGCCAUCACCGGGAGCAGAGGAGUGGGGCCGGCCCUGGGCCACCCCCAGAGCCGCCACCCCCUUCCCAGCGGGGUUCGGCCCAGACGCCCGGAGCCAAGGCAGCUCCGCAGCCUGCGACCUGGAUAGAGGGUGCCACGAGUCCCCGGCCUUCCAGUGGUGCUGGGCCGGGGUCCCGUCGAAAGCCCUCCAGCCCUGGGAGGACCCUGCGCAACGGGCGAGGCGGUGAGGCCGAACCCCUGGACCUGUCCCUGCGGGCGGGGCCGGGAGGCGAGGCCGGGCCGGGGGGUGCCCUUCACCGUUGCCUCUUCUGCCCUUUCGCCACUGGAGCCCCUGAGCUCAUGGCCUUGCAUCUGCAAGUGCACCACAGCCGCCGAGCUCGGGGCCGCCGGCCGCCCCAGGCUGAUACAUCUCAGCCCUAUGUCCGAGCACCGUCAGGAGAGACCCCUCCCAGUCCUCCGCAGGAAGGGGAGGAGGGCCCCGGGCUGUCGAGAUCCGGAGAGGUGGGGCUGGGGGGCCAAGAACGGUAGGGAGCCCUCUUAGGGGCGGUUAGCUUAGUGAGCUUACCCCGCCGGAGCGGGGGAGCGCUAGAGGUAGUUGGGUAGAGCAGCCAGCAGGGGGCAGCAUGGGACCCAUAUCCCAGCCCCAGGUGGACCAGAGGUGAAGGUUGUGGAGGGCAUAGGAGAGUGGGCGGGAAGUACCCACCCAGCCCAGGGGAGUCACAGUGCCUUAGAAGUGGCAGGGGUGAGGAUCAAAGAACGGGGUCCCAGGGCUGGCAGAGAGGGUUGUGCCCCUAUUGAGGAGCCACUCUGCCAGUCCUUGCUGGUCCAUAGGCGUGAGAGUUUAUUUUUGUACAAUGGGUGGGGGUGGGGGGGCACUGUACCCUUCUAAGCCCCUUUAGGGGCCCUGUAGACGUCGCUAUUUUUGGUACGAUUCCUGUCAUCCCUGUCGCAGAGUUGUGUCCCCAAUAAACAGGUGUCUUAAGGCACAGGAUGCAGUGUCUGUCUAUGUCCUG